CUCGUUCUGCUCUCUCAACUUCCUAUCAUCUCUCCCUGCCAGUUUUAAGCCCGCUCUUUCUUUCUAGAGAGAGAGAGAGAGAGAGGAGAGAGUGGGGAUCAACUGCCAUGAUAUCCAAUUCACUCUCUCCUCAACUGGACCUUUCCACUAUUCCACACCGAUUCAGAAAUCUUCCACAUAUUCAAAACAGAUUCCAACGAAUUAAGGCCAAGCGAGUUUGCCCUUCCAAUCUGUUUGCGAAAUUGUCUGAACCAAUUUUUCUCCAGAAGUCUGUUGUUCCCUUUGCUGCUUCGAUUGCGAUUUUGUUCUUCUCCAAUCCAGCUAAAGCCGGAUUUAUGUCAGGUUUCCCUGGUAUAGAAUCAGUGCCAGGCCCUGAAUUACCCAAGAUUGAGUUUCUUAAUCGCUUUAACGAAGAAAAUCAGAAAAAGUAUGCUGAAGAUGAUGCUAGAAUCAAAGAAUCGCCUAUAGUUAAAAAGCUACUUGAACAGUCUAAGCUGAACAAAGAGAAGAACAAACAAGAAAUUCUUGACAAGUACUGCCUUCGUGGGGCAGAGUGGGGAGUUGGAGAUUGUUCAGCAGAGGGAAUGACGCCAGACGACAGAGACAAGUUCAUUGCCAUGUUGAAGCAGAAGGUUGGAGUUGAGUGACUGAAGCAGUUGUAGAUUGUCAUAGAUUAGCAGUAGAGAUAAAUCCAUUGUUUCCGAAACUGUUUUCACUUUCAUAUGGUAAUAUGUUUUCCUCCAUAAACUUUGUAACAUGUUUUUAUGAUGAAUCGAAUAUAUUCUUAUGUUAUUUUCUGAAUUCCUGAGAUUGCAAUUUAAAGUGUAAUCUAUUUGCUUA